AUGGCGCAAUGUCAGAGACGUUUCUUACUGGUGGCGGUAGAUUAUUUCUCUAAGUGGGUGGAAGCAGAGGCCCUGACUAGAAUCACAGAAGAUGUCGUCAUCCAAUUCCUAUGGAGGAACAUUCUUUGCAGAUUCGGUAUUCCUCACAAACUGGUGUCAGACAAUGGAAGGCAAUUUCAAGGGAAAAAAAUCCAGGCCUGGUGCAAAGGGUUUGGCAUAACGCAGGCCUUCACUUCAGUAGCAUAUCCACAAAGCAAUGGUCAGACUGAGGUGGUCAACAGAGAAAUAGUACGAGGUCUGACACCAUUCCAUCUGGUGUAUGACAAUGAAGCAGUCGUACCCAUAGAAAUCGGAGUGCCAUCAGUCAGGAGGACAUUAUAUGAUGAAGGAAACACAGAGCGACAGUUGGCUAAGCUGGACCUCAUUAGCGAAACCCGUGACAGGACGACGGCUCGGCUGGAGGCCUAUCGACAAAGAAUGAGACAAAAUUAUAACAGAAGAGUGUUUCCUCGAUUCUUUGGGGAAGGAGAUCUGGCGAUGGCGGUUGGAAAGGCCCAGCAGCGGAGCUGGAAGGCCCAACAGCCGACCCAGGAGGAGCUGAGGGAGGCACAGGAGAUGGCUCCGGCGGUGAGGUAA